UUACACUUCGAAAUAUUUCUCCACCGAUUGUUGUCGUUUCUCUAGAUAUUUCGUGUGACAGCUUUUUUUCCAAUUGCUAAAAUGUCAGCAAUACUGCUAGGAAGAUUUGGAACUGGUGCGCUGAACUGCUGCCGUAUUCGUGCAGCUUUGGCACCAAGCUGCCGCUGCCCGUGUCCUCGCUGCCCGCGAGCGACCGAGUUACUCGCCGAUGCAGCGGACGAUGGAACCAGGCGUGCCGGCCGCCGCCCGUGCGCGCCAUUCCCGGCCUUCUCGUUGCCUCCAGUCUCCUUUCCGCCUCGCACGGCGCCGCGCUACUCCGCCGACGCCGGUCCAUGCUCUGCCGGCUGCGCUGUUCCCCCGCACGUCCGUCAGCUUCCUCGCGUGCGGAGGAGGCGGCGCGCUCAUCGUUAGCAGGAGGACGAUGGGAUCGGCGAGUCGCGGCGGCGGAAUGAUGCUUCGCUUCCUGCGGCUGCGGUACCUGGUCCUCGGGUCGGCCGUCGGAGGUGGGGUGGCGUUGCACGAGACAUACGAGAGUUGGAAAGAUAAAUUACCUGAUCUGAAAUGGAUGAAGGAGUACUUUCCAAACGAAGAACAUUUAGACAGAUUUACUGCAAUUGCCCAGAGAUUUCGACAGAAGCUCACAGAAACCAGGCUACCGGAAGCGGAGAGCUGGCUCGAGGCGGGCAGAGAAAAGCUGUCGGGCUGGAGCGACACUUCCAUGCAGCUCCUUAGGCAAUUAGGAAAUUUCUUGGACGACACGACGCAAGGAGACACCUCGAGAGUGUUCACAGAAGGUCUGCUUUUGGCUGCUGUUGGAAAUUCGGCUCGUGGGACUGAAGAUUCCAAGGCCGGAGUGGACUUAGCGAGAGCGUCAAUGAGUUUUAACCCUUUCCAGUCGAAGGGAGAGGAGCCAGAUGAGGAGUACAGAGAGCAGACGGAUCGGGAGCGGCUGGACAAGAUGCAGGAGGAGAUGAUGCAAGUGCAGCUCAAGUACCAGCGCGAGAUCGAGAAGCUGGAGAAGGAGAAUCGCGAACUCAAGAAGCAGAUCCUAAUCAGGCAGGAGCAGCGAUCGAAGACGCGUAGGAAGUACAAGCGCGUCGUUGUCGUCGGCGACCAGAGCUCCGGCAAGACGAGCGUGCUCGAGAUGAUCGCACGCGCUCGCAUCUUCCCCAGGGGAUCCGGUGAGAUGAUGACUCGUGCGCCGGUGAAGGUGACCUUGAGCGAAGGACCGUACCACAUCGCGUCGUUCAAGGACAGCAGCCGCGAGUUUGACCUCAGCGCGGAGUCGGACGUGAUUAAUGUUAAUUUCAACUCUGGUUGCCGGCGGCAACGGUUGCAGACGCAGACGACAGAGAUGUCGCCAGACACGAGGGAGUCGAUAAGGAGGCUGUGCAAGCAGUACAUGGAGAACCCCAACGCUAUCGUCCUGUGCAUCCAAGGCAACGUCAACGACAGUAUAUCCACGAUUCGCGAUUACGAAGAACACUUCUUUAGAAACUCGAAGCUGUUCAAGGGGCUGAACUUCCGCGCGGCGCAGCUAACUACGGCCAAUAUGAGCAUGGCCGUGUCCGAGUGCUUCUGGAAGAUGGUGAAGGAGUCCGUCGAACAGCAGGCGGACGCGUUCAAAGCAACUCGAUUCAACCUGGAGACGGAAUGGAAGAAUAACUUCCCCCGAGUGCGGGAGCUCGACAGGGACGAGCUGUUUGAGAAGGCGCGCGGGGAGGUUCUGGACGAGAUCAUCAACCUGAGCCUCGUGACGCCGCGCGAGUGGGAGGAGGCGUUCUACGCGCAGCUGUGGAAGCAGGUGUCCACCUACGUGUUUGAGAACAUCUACGUGCCGGCGUCGCAGGCCGACAGUCACGGGCCGACAGUCACGGGUGAGUCCACGGGUGAAGCCAGCGCGCGCGUUAUGGAGGGAGGAGGGAGGAGGGAGGAGGCGUUCUACGCGCAGCUGUGGAAGCAGGUGUCCACCUACGUGUUUGAGAACAUCUACGUGCCGGCGUCGCAGGCCGACAACAACCUGCUGCCCAGAAAAUGUGUCGAGGUCGGCUGGGACACGCUGAUGCUGCAGUUCAAGGAGAUGGUUGACAACGACAAGAAGAACAAGGACCACGACAACAUCUUUGACAGUCUCAAGAUGGCGGUCAUCGACGAAGCAGCCAAUAAGCAUCACUGGGACCAGAAGGCUCCCGAUUCGCUGCGAGUCAUACAGCUGAACGCUCUGGAGGACAGGGCCGUGCCAGACAAGCAGCAGUGGGACCUGGCCAUCAAGUUUAUGGAGACCUUCCUACAGGAACGCCUCGACCAAAGCGAUGAGCAGAUGAGAGAGCUGCUAGGACCCAGCAUGCGCGAACAGUGGAUGUACUGGAAGACGCAGACGGACGCACAGCGGCAGCGCCGAGCCACCGUCGCCGAACUCAGCAAGAUUCUCCAGGGAAACCAGAAGCCUAAAACCCAACUAACCGUGGACGAGUUAACGGCCACGAGGAAAAACCUACAAACGAGGUCCGUAGAGGUUGACAAUGAAUUUAUCCGAGAAACGUGGUUCCACGUCUACCGACACUUCUUCCUGAAGAUGUCGCUGCAGCGAUCGCAGGACUGCAAGAAGGGAUUCUACCACUACCAGCAGGGCUACAAACGGAAUCGCAUGGAGUGUCAUGACGUCGUGCUGUUCUGGAGAAUCCAGCGGAUGCUGCAGAUAACGAGCAAUGCGCUGCGGCAGCAGGUGAUGAACACCGAGGGCAGACGCCUAGAGAAGGAGAUUAAACAGGUGCUGGAAGACUACAGUCAGACGCGCGAGAGGAAGGAGCGACUGCUGACCGGGCGACGCGUCCAGCUAGCCGAGGAACUGAAACGAGUCCGUCAGAUCCAGGAGAAGCUGGAGGAGUUUGUUGAGGCGCUGAACAAGGAGAAGUGAAGCCACGGCAAUGACAGACGCUCGCAGACGCUCGCUGACGAAGCCAUCCUAGUGGACGACGCGCGCGGUCGUGCAUCUUAAUCAUAAGCACUGCGCGUCUUGCUCUUCUCUCAGACCGUGCUAUGGCGGGAGGGAAGGUCUGCAUCUGUAAGGUGGGGAGAGUCUGUGGGUCUGCUGGACGACACCGCCACCAGGAGGAGGGGGGGGCGGCCACACGACUACAAAGCGUAACGAAGCGUAAUUAAUCUCCUCGGCCAUUUUCGACCAAAGAUGGAUCCCUCGUAGGCUGUCGGGACUUCGCGCGCGGGCCAUACAUCGCGUUUUCCUGUCGCGUCGCGCGAUCUGUUGGCGGCACUAGUUCACCGGCGUCACCGCGGCAACCGACAAGAGAAUCGCAGCUUCGCUCUGCGUCGGACGCGAAUGUGACGCCCUCUCGUAGGAAAUACGUUUCGUUUUCGUUGCGAAAAAGGCACUGCGCUUGACGCUUGCACGAUGGUCGAAGCGUUUGGGGGCGAUUUCGUAGAAUAAUGGUCUAAUUUAUUUGCUAUGUUGCGCACGAGCUUGAGGGAAAAAUCCCGGUGAGCAUCUAAUGUUGUUUGUUCCAGGAGAGGAGAGCGAGAGCUAUAUAUGUAUAGCAGAUUUUCCUCGAUAUGAACAUGCCCUGUAUAUUUACUGCUUAAUGUGAAAUAAAAAUAACUCAACAUGCUA